AUGCCAAGCAGUGUGGACCAAUACUACCAAGAAGUGGGCAGGGCGGGGCGCGAUGGUCAGCCCUCUGACUGCAUCUUGUACCACUUCGGCAAGCGGUCCCGAGCCUGGAGGCGAAUGGCGAUUACGAAUGACAGCUCUGAACGAACGGAAGAACGAAGAGAUUGGCAGCUGGAGCAGCUGGAUGAGAUGUUCGAGCUCCUGCAAGGCAAGCACUGCAAGCACCAAGCACUGGCAGCCCACUUUGACCAGGAACUCCUGGUCCCUGGCGGCUGUGGAGCUUGUGAUGUCUGUCUCGGUAAGUCGCCCACUGGGCAGAGGCGAGAAGUGAGAGCAACAUGGCCUGCAAAGCUUCGGCCCUCCAACCGCGAAAAGGUCGAGAAGACCACCUACAAGAUUCGGAGGAUCAGGAAGACCAGCACGGAAAGUAGCUGGGGAAGCACGAAGUGCUCGGGCUUGGCAGGGGCACUUCGCAAGCUGCGCUCCAGUUUAUGCCGGAAGAGGGACCUGCCGGCCUACUGCAUCUGGAGCCGCCUGGCAGCACGAAGAAGAGUCAUAUGGGGGCUUACGUUUUUAGGGCUACCUUGUUGGGGUCCUUGUCAUAAGGGGAUCCUACUUGGCGGUCUAUAUUAG